AUGCGCCUUCGAGGACGAAACAAUUUGUUAACGAGUUGGAUAGGCUUUCGAGACAAAACGAGUAAUUCUGGAUUGGCGUAUGAAACCGAGCGGUGGUUUUCUCCAAGACAAAAUAGUGAAGUAAACACGUCAUUGCCUCCUAGACGUUCAAUUUUUACUCCAUCAAGACUUUCUGCUCGUCGAACUCGGGAAUCUACAAAACCUUAUUGGCGGUGUCCUAACCCGACUUCAUCCAAAAACAUUACUCCAUCUUUGGAUGUUGAUGGAUUUUUUAACAAAACUACAUCUGCGAGAAAUGAGACACCUGUAUUUAAUGCUUCUUUCUUCAACAAUAUUACGUCAGUGGCCAAUACUGCUUUACCGGUAAACACUUCUGUCAGCGCUUCGCCUGAGGUCAAUUCUUUACCAACGAAUAUUGUUCCGUCUCUGACCAAUGUUGCACCUGUCGUCAACGCAACAUGUUUUGAUGUUCCAGGUGUAGAAAAUGCUACAGAGCGAGAAGAUGCUAUUUCAAGUGGAGUUGAUAUAUCUGAAUCCUAUCCUGCUUUUACUUUUGCUGAAGCGGUUAUUCGAGGGCCAAAAUGUCCAUCACCUCCACCUAAGCCUAAGCCGACUUAUCAAGAUAAGGGGAUUCAAACAGAUGAAGUUCAGAAAGUGCAGACUGUGAAUACCUUCAAGGAUAAAACGAACGACAAGCCAAUUGAGCCUAAAACGCAACAAACUUUUGAUAGCGUGCCAAAAAUAUCCGGCUUUCAACCUCCUUCAGCACCUCUCAAUGGAGGUUUUCAUUUUGGAACAUCAACAUCUGAAGCUACUGAUUCAACAAUGGCUAUCGAUACGAAUAUUAAUGGACUGACAGCAAUGAAUGGAGUUCCGGACCCCACAAUGAAUGGAAUCGCUUGUGCUCCUGUGGUUAGUAGUUUUCAAUUCUCUGCUCCUCUCACUGGAGUUUUUCAAUUUGGAACAUCAACAUCUGAAGUCUCGUCGAAUAAUUCAAGUUUUUGUGAUGGGAAUGGAUUGGCAUCAAGGAGUGGUGUUUCAGUUAGGAAGAUGCUGCAUGCGAAGAGACCGAAGAAGCGUUAA